UUUUUCUCUUAUUACACUGGACAGUGAGGACGUUGACUCACUAGUUAACUGGUUGUCUCUGUGUGGAAAGAGCACCGCCCCCCUCUCUGUGCACUUUAAACUCUGCUCUCCUGGACAAAUAUUUGUUUAUUCCUAAAGCCCUGUCACUGCAGAAAGACUCUUUGCUUUGGAUGACUCAGAAUGUCGGGCAGUUACAAACUGCUGGUGAAAAAUGCCAACCAGGUGGUUCUGAUCUGCAACAAUGGAGAGAAGUACCUGACCAAGCAUGGGAUGCAAAAUCUGUGUGUGAUUGAAAAUGGGAGCGUAGUAAUUGGGAGUGAUGGGCUGAUUAAAGCCGUGGGGCCUGCUGAAAUCAUCAGGGCUCAGUACUCGGAUGCAUCUUUUCAGAGAGUGAUCGAUGCGACAGGAAUGUGUGUCCUGCCUGGUUUGGUUGACGCCCACAGCCAUCCAGUCUGGGCUGGUGACAGGGUGCAUGAAUUUGCAAUGAAGCUGGCAGGUGCCACCUACAUGGACAUGCACCGGGCCGGUGGGGGGAUCCACUUCACCGUGGAGCACACUCGGGCUGCUGGAUCUUCAGACCUUCUAGCCUCCCUGAGGUGCAGGUUGGCUCGAAUGCAGCGAGCAGGCACCACCCUGGUGGAGUGUAAGAGUGGCUAUGGGCUGGAACUGCACACUGAGCUGAAGAUGCUGGAGGUGAUCGAGGAGGCCAGGCGCACCCUGCCCAUCAACAUCUCCUCAACCUACUGCGGAGCCCACGCCGUGCCCAAAGGGAAGACGGUAGCAGAGGCCACAGAGGACAUCUUGCAGGUUCAGCUGCCCCGGCUGAAACAGCUGAUGUGUGCUGGGACUCUCAGAGUCGACAACAUCGACGUGUUCUGUGAGCAGGGAGUGUUCGACCUCACCUCCACCCGCUCCAUCCUGAAGGCUGGCAAAGACAUGGGCCUCAACAUCAACUUCCAUGGAGAUGAGCUUCAUCCCAUGAACUCUGCGCAGCUGGGAGCAGACCUUGGAGCUUUAGCCAUCAGUCACCUGGAGGAGGUCACAGAUGAAGGGAUUGCCGCCAUGGCAAAAGCAAAAACGGCUGCAGUCCUUCUACCAACUACAGCUUACAUCCUCCGGCUGUCCCAGCCUCGAGCCAGAGACAUGCUGGAAGCCGGAGUAAUCGUUGCUCUUGGCAGUGACUUCAACCCUAACGCAUACUGCUGCUCCAUGCCAAUAGUCAUGCACUUGGCCUGUGUCAACAUGAGGAUGUCCAUGCCUGAGACUCUGGCCGCAGCCACCAUCAACGCAGCCUAUGCUCUCAGGCGCUCCCACACACACGGCUCGCUGGAGGUCGACAAAGACGGAGAUCUGCUGGUUCUCAACACCACACGGUGGGAGCACCUGAUCUACCAGCUGGGAGGACAUCAGGAGCUCAUCCGUUACGUUGUCAUUAAGGGCGACAUCGUCUAUGAUAACGACAAAACCAUGGAUUUGUAACCAGGAAACAUCUCCUGAGGUACUAUCAUUGAUACACACAGACAACGAGGGCAUAUAUUCAGCUGAUGUUAAGGAAAUACAACAACAUUACUGGAAAUGUGUAACCACAGGCCCAGUGGUUUUGUAAACUUACUUGGUAGGUGCAAGGUUCAGUACCGGGAAACAAAAUAUUCUUCUUACUGUGCAAUUAAAGAGUAACAACAGGAGCACCCACACAUUGUAUUACAACCUGCCAUAUUCUUAGUGUGCAUAUAAAGCUUGUACUCAUUAACAUUACUGUGAUGUGUAGAGAAAUAUAAAAUGUAAAGUAGGGCUGCUUUAUUUGUAGGUGCAUGUCAUAUUCAUGUUGUCCAUUUCAUUGUAUGAUUUAAAAUAGGUUGAGAAAUGGAUCUGUACUUUAGAUUAUUUUUCUCCUAGUAGAUAUGUUAACCAUUUUAAAUUUCCUGUUUGGAAUUGCGGCAGUUCAUAACAAUUGCACUGAAACAGAAAACAUACCUUUCAAACUUGGACCCAGUAUUUAAAAAAAGUACUCGAGUACAACUGAUUUGCCCUUCCCUCUAAAAUAUCCAUUUAUUUACCAUAGUAGUGUCCUUCCACUGUAGUGCAGUGAAGUACCAGUGUUGAUUAAUCCAACAAAGUUACACUGGAAAUACUGGGUUGUACUUCUCUAAUCAGUAAAACAUUUUAAAAAUCAAAUUAGCAGUUGUUUGGUGAUUACAGCAAGAGAUGAAAUCGUUCAGGUGAUCAAAGACUGCACUGAUUUUUGUCAUCCCUCCUUUAGGUUUUCAGUGGCCUG